AUUGUAAAAGACAUGCUAAAUGCGUGAGAAAAGUUGUUAAGUCACGGAUAUGAAACCAGGUACCUAACUAGGCCAAAGGCCACUGGCAAUUUUAGCUAUAAGUGAGAUAGUUGUUGGGUCACGAAUAUGGACACAGUAAUCCUCAGUGGAGUGUUAUCAAUCAUUUAUAAUUUUACUAAAAAAGCAUGACUCCGAUUUUUCAACAACACGCAAAGCGCAUUCAUGCUUUCGGUUACAAGAGUUCUUUGUUCCGUUCAUACACAACCCUAUGGUCACCAGAGGCAAGGAGCCAAACUCUGCAGGUUCGGAUCGAAGCCGCUUUGCAUCCUUCGCAACCCUUGCUCCAUCAAUGGCAGCAACAGGAGAAACAGUUGUACAUCAAGCAUCCAUCAGAGUCUAAUCGAUUUUCUCAAGAACUCGAGGCAUCAAAAAGGAUGGUUGAAAAAAAGGUGUGUACACUUCUUGCGAAAGAUUAUGCAGCUCGCCUUCAUCUAAUUGAGUCAGUGUUGGGUUUGGAAGAAGCAGAGAAGUUCUUCAAAAGUAUCCCUGCGAACAUGAGGGAUCAUUCUAUUUACGCCACGCUCUUGACCUUGUACACGAAAUCUGAGAAAACACUGGAUAAAUCCGAGCCCACUUUCAAGAAGAUGAGAGAACUCGGGCUACUCUCGAAUCCUUCACCGUUCAACUCGAUGAUGUCACUUUACAGCCAGCUAGGAAAACCAAACAUGGUCGGUAAUCUAUUGUAUGAGAUGGUGGAAGACAGCAAAGUGAAACCCGAAAAUGUCACUGCAAACCAUGUUUUGAAGGCAUAUGCUGCGGUACCCGAUGUAAAGGCGAUGCAUAUGUUCAUGAGAAUGUGGGUUGGUGAAGAAGGACUCAAACUAGAGAGAGAAAUGGCAAAGGCAUACGUUAGAGUCUAUUCGGAGAUGUAUGGUGGGAAUGCAAGAGAAAUGCUGCGCACUCUUUGGGACGAGUGUAAGAAGAGUGAAGAGGGAUAUGAUCAGACCGUUAGCUCUUUCUCGAAACUACUUGACGAUGUCGAAGGAGAAGAGGAUAUGUUUGGAGAGUGGAAAGAAAAUAAACACGACGUAAGGGAACUGGUUACAAAAAGGUCAAUGAUGCUGUUACAUCUUUUGAAUCUGCUCUGCAUCUUGGUCACUUUGAGCCUUCCUUCCUUUGUUUGUCCCCCGAUUUUGAGCAUUCCUCUGGUUGUUUUGAGUGUUAUAAUGACGCACAUUAGUAUCACUCAGCUUCUUAGAUUUAUAUUCUUUUGAGUAGGAAAAAGAUUAAUAUUCUCUGAACCCUUAUUAGUAAUAAGCACAAUUCUUGUAUUUAAUUGCCUUGUUUCAAUUUGUUUGUAGUUUUUUUGUAUUAACUCUACUAUAAAGUGAAACAUUUAAUUCCCAUAUAUAAAACACAUUAAACGGACAACAGGACGUAUAAUGACCACAUAAACAUUAUUAAAAAAAAAAUAAAGUUU